AGAGGUAUGACAACUUCAUAUUUGAAUGUACAAGAAAAAAAGAAGCAUACACACUUGCAUUAAGGAAAGAGUAAAGACUUUUUGAGUGUGAAAAAAGUCAUUUAACAUUCAAAGUCUGCCAUCACUGUGCAUAGUGAGGUCUAACAGCCAUGCUUCUCAAAAUAAGUUUUUCAUUGAACUGAUGGUUAAUUGGAUCACAUAUUUUGUUGAAAAAUAAUUGUGCAGCAUUGUUCAAAUGAAACUUACAGAUCAAAAGGGGAAGGGGAUCUUCUGGCACAACUGGAAUAUAUUUUCAGUUUUUCAUUUUUGAAUAAUCACCCGCAAGAAACGUUGUGGAGUUUGUAGCUCCACUGUACUUACCUGCCUGGAAAGCUAAGUUGGUUGCAAUGUGCAAUUCUACCACUAGAUGCCACUAAAAUCUUACUGAGCUGGGCUCUAAAGCCAUGACACAGCAAGCCAGCAAUCACAAACAUUAACAAAUGGGGCAAAGCAAUACUGACCGUGACCUUCCUGCUUAACUUCCAACUAACAGGACUCUCCAUGCGUCACUGGCUCUGUGAAACCUAGAAAAAAUAAUAUUAAACACUUGUCAAGCAGAAACAGAGAAGCCUCUCUAUUCAACUUCACAGAUUUCAACUAUCCACAGCUUCUUCACAGUUGGAGAGCGAUGUUGAUGCAAGUUAUCUCCCUUCCCUGAUAUUAUCAUUCCAUUUUUGCUCUUCUGACCCUUGCUUGUUUUCGACAAUGUGCAAUCAUGUGGAAUUCACAUGUGCCAGACGUCCUGUCCCUUCCCGUCCCUUUAAGAUAAUUUGUUUUUUUAUUUUGCUGCGGACCAACAGAACAUAGAGUCAGUGAACCAAAAGAGGCAUGUUUGCAACACCAGCGUGCUGAAACAUAAUUGAAAGUUGAUCCACCUUUAAGUAAGCUGGAGCUUUUAAUGUGACCAUGGCCAGCUCAUGAGACUCUGUUUCUUUCUUUCUUUUUUUUUCUUUUUUGUCGUUUCCAAGUCCAAACAAGAUCUGCAGAUAAACUUUCAGCAGACUAAGCAGAGCUGAAAAAUUCAGCUAUGCAUGUAAAACAAACGAACAAUAAACUCAUAAAUGCUGAAGUCCAGAAUGUUUUGACGACAGCAUAGCUGGUCACCAGACUGAUAAACGACUCCAGGGAAAAUAAAGAUCAUUCAUUUAAUUAUUUGGAAUCUGGAGUGCUUUGAAAUGAUUUGGGCUGUGAAGAGCGUCGGCAGACCCGGAUCCACUACCCGCGACAGUGACAUCUGUUUAUGCAAGAGCUCAAAAUGAUUUUCAAUAUUUUGCUUUGCUUUGUAUGUUUGAUACUGUUUGAGAUUUUAGUGGGAGGGGAUUUCUUUUUCUCUUGAGGCAGGAAGAAAAGGAGGAAAAGAAAGGAAAGUUAUGUGAUGCUAAGAAGGUGACCCGCCCCUGUACUAAAAUUAAUCAGAAGUCAGCCUCCUCCUCACCCCAGGUCUUUUUCUCCAAGUCCUUUUGGCGAAAUUGUGAAAAUAAGUCAGAAUUGCUGAACUAAGGAUGGCUGAGCUGGUCAGCUCGCUGUAUGAGACAGGCCUCAAGUUGCCCUUCGAUACCCGUGACAGAGUCAGCAGAUAAGCUGCUCAUUGAGUUACUGCCCUCCAGCUUCCUACUGUACAUGCACUGAGGCACAGAGGCAUAGCUUGAGGAGCUCGACAUUAACACUGAGGCGUUCACAGUCAGUCAUGAAUUCAUUCUCCCAAGCAGAAAAAAAGGAUGGGAAUGAGGGAACUGCUGUGGGCUGUAUGUUCUCUAAUAGGGUUACGGUUAGGGUAAAAAAAAAAAAAAAAAAAAAUCUGCAAAAGAGACAUGGUAACAGGAUCAUGCCCAUUUACCAAUGACACGAGCUGAAGACGAACAAGCGGCUGCAAUCGUUUUCCCACACAAUCACAUCUUUGUAGCUUUUCUUCAUCUUCAUCUUCAAAAACCUCAUGUUUUAUGGCAGCGGAUCAGAUGACUAAUUUGAAGCAGAACCGCAGAGUUUUUCUGGUACUGCUCCACUAAUUUUUUUUUUCCCCUUGCCCUUAAGUCGUUAAAGAAGAUUGGAUAAAGAAUGAAGUUUCUUCGUGUCAUCAUGUUUUGCUGCUUGACAGUUGUGUGUGUGGAGGCCUCGGACGUGCUGGAAGUGACUGGGCGUGUUGGAGGAGAGGUCUCCGUCCUCUGCUCUCCCUGGAGCACAGACAACAGCUCUGAACCGGACAGAGUGUAUUUCUGCAAAGGGGUCUGCUCCGGCGAAAGCGUUCUCAUUCAGGCAGACAGGAAGACGUCUGCUGUCAAACGGCAAGGGAGAUACAGCGUGAUGGUAGACAGAGGACACGGCGCCUUCAAUGUGACUAUAAGAAAGCUGAAGAGGGCAGAUGCUGGCCACUAUCACUGCGGACCGGCUAAAACCUUAAAUGGGUUGAACCAAGAAAUCAAUCUCAGAGUCGUAGAUGCUUCAACUGUGCCUUCUGGAUCUACCCCCUCAACUACUGCCACCCUGCAGAUCGAAGCACAAACCCUGACCCGGGGCAGCUCUACUUCCAGAAAUGAGCCGUCACCAGCAGCGUUAACGCUGCCCCCCACAGAGGUGAAGAAGAACCAGCAGGAUGCAGCCAUCCUCACAGACACCACAUUAGUCAUCAUUAUUUCCGGGAGCUUGGCUUUCGUGGUUUGCGCCAUUAUCCCUGUCAUAUUCUACGGACACUGGCGGAGUCAUGCAGAAGAUCAGAACAGACCUGAAAUGCACGAGGGUGGUUAUUGCGAGGAAAAUGCAGAUGUUACAUCCACUCAUAUUGCUGUGGAGCUGCAGUCCUUUGAAGCCAGUGCUCAUGACCCUUCACAGUAUGCUGCCGUCUACCAGGCACUGGAUCCCAAAGCCCUGGAUUGAGCACGGUUUAAUCGGUCUCUGUGCUAUCAGUCAUUUUGUUUCUGUGUUUUAACUC